CUUUUCUCGCGUUCUCUUCCCGUCGUGCCGAAACUCUCUCUCACCUUUCUUCAAGAUUGCUCGGGGCAGCACCCAUCGUAAACAAUGCGUCUACCGCUACUACACUGGCGGCUCCUCGCAGCGGUGCUGUUUGUCACGGCGGUGGCAGGCCAGACGUGUUACUGGCCCAACGGCGUCGAGGCGACGCAGGCGGUUGCGUGUCCCGUCGCCGGCGGCACCGAGGUCGCGGCGUGCUGCUUCCAGAAUCAUUAUUGCAUGAGCAACGGCCUCUGCUUCUCGCAGACGGAGCUGAGCUUCUACCGCGGCGCGUGUACAGAUCAGAAUUGGUCGAAGAGCGGGUGUCCGAAGUACUGCGACAAGGAGGAGAUUACCGGCGGAGUCCCCGGCCGGCAUUGCGGUGUCGCGUUAUGCGGUGACAAAAAGUUCGCAUGUCAAAACUCCGGCAACUGCGCAAACUACACCUUUGGCGUUCCCGCGGGUCAGAUGCUGCUUAACGAGUACCUUAAAUCAGACCUCGGCGACCUCGCGACAACGACGGUGACCGCGACCGCGGCAGUAGCAGGACAAAGCACCGGGGCCGCCGCAACGUGCUCCGCGACGGCGGCAGAAUCCAGUUUCAGCAACGGGAUCUCGACGGGCGCGGCGGCGGGGAUCGGGGUGGGCAUCGGUGCCCCGCUGGCGUUGGCGAUCGCGGCGCUGACCGUCAUGUUGUUGCGCGAGAAGAGGAAGACGAGGGCGGCGCUGUCGAGCCAGGUGGAUUCCUCCGGGACGGGGCCGUCGUCGCCGUGGGCCAAGUCGGAGCGGACGGCGUAUGUGCCGGUUGAGAUGCAUGGACAGCCUGUGCCGAAUGAGAUGUCUAGUAACCAUGAUAGGAGACAUGAGCUUUCUUGAUGUUUGAGGCUUGAUGGUGGCUGGAGGGGUUGGUUGUGUGAAUAUUCGAGGAGAAAUGGGUUCCGCAGCUUCUGAAUCUGGAAAGUUAUCUACGUAGCCAUAGCUAUGGAAAUCCCUGAAUCUGUAGUUCUCUUUGAUAUCGUGCAC